AUGGAGCGCUUUCAAGAUAACUUUCUAUGCGAAUACGACCUUGAAGCAAUCCAUGGGGAUUUUUUAGAACGUGAUAGAUGCAAUUCAUUUCAAGCUAGCUUUGAAAUGCCUUUUCCUCCCAAUCUACAAGAAGAUCCAUUAUGCUCGCACAUCAGUGAUCUUCAAGAUAUUUCACUUGUUGAACCAAAUCUAUUCCCUUCAGAAGUAGCAAGCACUACAAUUUCUGAAUACACCUCUGAUGAUCAAUCAGAUGCUCAGAAAGCAAUUCCUAUUUACCAAUUUGUUGUAAUCCCUUGCAACAGUAAUAAAAUAGGAAGCAUCAGCUAUGAAGAAAGGCAAAAGAAGCUUCAGAAGUAUAGAGAGAAGAAGGCAAGAAGGACAUGGCGAAAAAAAGUAAACUAUGAUUCCAGGAAAAAAGUCGCUGAUAAAAGACUGCGAUACAAAGGAAGGUUUAUUACGAGAGAUCAAGCAAUUUCUAUAGGGAUACAAGAUGUGCCUAAACUAGAUAUGGAAAAGCAAGAAUUUUCUAAAAAUAUGACCGACACACAUAAUUAA